AUGAGACAGAAGCUGAGACUGGAAGAGGAGCAAGAAGAGCGGUCCUACGAGCUGUCGGAGACUGUAGGUGGCAAAAUCGACGAGGAGGCACUAUCAUUUGAUAUGGAAAUAUUGGUGAAGAAGCUAGCGAAGCAGAAAGAAGCAUCACUGAGGUAG